UUUAGUUUAGAUAGAAACCGACAUAUUUUCUUCCCUCGACAUCUGUUUAUGUUUCCGCCGUCGCCCGGUUGUGAAACAUCGUACUUCGAUGUUCAGAGUUUAGGAACAGUUCCAAUUCGCCGGUCGCUACUGCGCAUUACGAAUACUUUUAGUUCGGAAAUCUUCGAGCAAUUAAACCAAUCUAUUUCUCCAAAUCUUCAAGCAAGCAAAUCGUGCUUGUGGGUUUCUCUCCAAGAGUGUAGAUACAUUGGCUGAAUUGUUGUUGCAAGUAAGCGCAGCGAGAUGAAGGUGGUGGCCUUGGUCAGUGGUGGCAAAGACAGUUGUUAUGCCAUGAUGCAAUGCAUCCGCUAUGGGCAUGAGGUUGUGGCUUUGGCGAAUUUAUUGCCUGCGGACGAUUCAAUUGAUGAAUUAGACAGUUAUAUGUAUCAAACUGUGGGGCAUCAAAUUGUUGUCAGCUAUGCAAAAUGUAUGGGAUUACCAUUAUUCAGAAGACGAUUACAAGGAUCCACCAGGCAUCAUGAACUUAGUUACAAAAUGACUCCUGGAGACGAAGUUGAAGAUAUGUUUAUUUUAUUAAGCGAAGUAAAGAGGCAAAUACCAGAUAUAUCAGCAGUUUCUUCUGGUGCAAUAGCAUCAGACUAUCAGAGGCUACGUGUUGAAAGCGUGUGUUCACGAUUGGGACUUGUAUCUUUAGCUUAUCUAUGGAAACAAGAGCAGUCACUCCUCCUUGAAGAAAUGAUAACAAGUGGGAUCUUUGCUCUUCUUGUAAAGGUUGCCGCUCUUGGAUUGCACCCAGCUAAGCACCUGGGAAAGGAAUUAUCACAUAUGAAGACCCAUCUGCAUCAUUUAAAUGGCUUAUAUGGAAUCAAUGUAUGUGGUGAAGGCGGGGAGUAUGAAACUUUGACACUUGAUUGUCCCCUUUUCAAGUUUGCUCGAAUAGUUCUGGAUGAUUUUAAAGUUGUUCUGCACUCUUCCGAUUCCAUAGCUCCUGUUGGAGUUCUUCAUCCUUUGGCCUUCCAUUUAGAACCUAAGGGAUUGGCUACAGAUUCAAGUGAUAGUAAUCUUAGAAACGGUAUUUGCUGUGAAGAUGUGAAUUGUGUUUAUGAAGUUCAAGGAGAUUGCACAUUAUUACAUGCAAACCCAAGCCAGCGUUCCGAAUCUCUUUCUGAUAUUAUAGAAAAUACAAUCUGUCAUUUGAAGAUGUCAAAAAUAGACAUGGGGGAUACAUUUUUCAUCUGUUGUUGGUUGCAAGAUGCAGACGGUUUCUCAACUGGUUUGCAGAGUGAUCUCAAAGCGGUUUUAUCCCAUCUUGAGUUGCAACUUCAGCAAUAUGGUUCUAGUUGGGAGGAUGUACUCUAUAUUCAUCUAUACAUUGCAGAUAUGAAUGAGUUUUCUGUGGCAAAUGAAACGUACGUGAGUUUUAUCACCCAAGAAAAAUGCCGAUUUGGUGUUCCAUCACGCAGUACAGUAGAAUUGCCUUUGUCACAAGUAGGAUUAGGAAAAGCAUAUUGUGAAGUUUUGGUGGCAAGGGACAAAACCAAACAAGUUCUACAUGUACAAAGUAUUUCGCGAUGGGCGCCUAGUUGCAUAGGGCCCUACAGCCAGGCAACGUUACAUCGCAGCAUACUUCAUAUGGCUGGGCAACUUGGUCUUGAUCCUCCGACAAUGACCCUUUGUAACGGUGGCGUUACUUCGGAGUUAGAGCAAGCGUUGUUAAAUAGUGAAGCAAUUGCAAAUUCCUUUGGUUGUUCAAUAUCUUCCUCUGCAAUUUCCUUCGUUGUCUACUGUUCAAGACGGACUGUAUCAGUGGAUAUGACAGAACUGCAAUAUAAGUGGGAAGAGUUUAUGAAGCAGUUUAAGAAACUUCAUUCAGCUAAGCGAAGUUCAUUAUUUGAUCCAAUUCUUUUGUUUGUUCUUGUUCCCGAACUUCCAAAGAGAGUACUCUUAGAAAUAAAGCCAACACUUUACAUAGAGGAGGAUGAUAUGGAAUCAGCAAGCAACAUCAAAAUUCAAGAUCAAACACAUGGAAUACCGCAAAACUACUGGGGGUUUCAGGAAGAUCCGUGGCAUGAUUCUUGUGUUCAGAAAUGCAUUGCGCUAGGAAAUGUAUGUGCUGUUACGCUGAGCAUUACAAGUGAAAGUAUUGCAAAGAUUUGUAAUGACUCUCUUGGUUCUGGGCAUCCCCUUUCUGAAGGACAAACUGAAGAAAUUGCAAAAUUCUGCGUUUAUCUUCUCGACAAAAUCCUCAUCGAGAACCUGUUUUCCUGGGACAAUCUCAUGUACUUAAGGAUCUACUAUCGAACCGGUUCUUUGAUCCGAAUGGAGAUAUUGUCCCUUGGAUUCAAUCAAGCAUUCCGAGAAUUUGCGGAAAUUAAUUCAAGUUUCAAGAAUGACCACGAUUCUAUCUUUAAUCUCGUUCCUGUGCUCGGUUCUGGGAGGUCUGCGACAUCUAUGGAUGCAGCGUUGACAUGCGAGCUAUUGGCUCAUAAACCUUCUUGUUAGACUGGUUUGAUACUUCCUUUCCACGAAAACGUAAAGGAUAGAUUGAAGAUGCAGCAUGGUUAAUGGUUAAGCCUUGGAAUAUUUGAUUGUUUGCCUCAUGUUUGAUUGGGUUUUGGUUAGGAAAAUAUUUAUUAUCCUCUUUGAUAUUUUGGUUGGGAAGAAAUUUGCUUCUUUUUUUACCUUUUGUGUUUUUUUGUUAAAACUAUUUGGUUACAAAAGGAUAGGUUUUCCUCAGGGUGUUUUUUAGCUUUUUGUUUAUUUAAUAAACACUUUAUCUGGUUGCUUUACCAAUCAAAAAUCAAUAGUCAAAAGUUAAUUAUAAACCGAUGAAAAAAUCAUGUAUAAGGCCGCACCCAAUGUGAUCUACUUCCUCCGUGUCUUUCAAUUUAGGUCGUUUUUUAUUUAUGGAUUUUGCUAGUUAUUUUGCCUCAUUUCUUUGUUUGUAUAUAGAUUUCUGUUACUUUUUGACAUGUCGUGUACAUUUCAACUCAUCUUUAAAAUAAACUCUAUUAUCGACUAUCUUUCAUGAGGUAUUCAAUAGCAAAGUAUCUCAAAAUUCUAGAUAACAUAAAUACUAAUUCUAAUAUUUUUGCAACACGCAACUCUAUAGGAUAUUUAAUGUCAAUU